AUGGCAACACCCUUCCAGACUGAGGCCUGGACGGAAUAUGGUCUUGGCACACUUGUCUUGUUUUUACGAUACUUUGCAAGAUGGAAAACAGUUGGCUUCAAGGGAUAUCAAGGCGAUGAUUACUUUGCUCUUGCAGCCCUUGUCUUCUGGACGUGCGAGUUGGUCAUGUUAGAACUUAUCGGUCAGUCUGGUACCAACAUUGGCGUUACCGACGAGAUGGGCGCCAAGAUGUCAGCUGCAGAGAUAGCCAAGCGCGAGUUUGGAUCGAAAUGUCUCCUUGCAGGAUGGAACUUUUACGUGACUCUAAUCUUUACCCUCAAGGGAGUGAUGCUCUGCUUGUAUAGCCGCAUGACGCUUGGUCUCUGGCAGAGAAAGAUUGUUAUCUGGACACAAGUCGGAACAGUUAUUGCUUACAUAGCAGUAAUGGCUGCUAUUUGGGGCCAUUGUACGCCUGUUCACAAGAACUGGCAAGUUUAUCCCAACCCUGGUGGAGUAGACACUUGCACCCUCGCCGUAGCGAAUUAUCUUACGCUGGUAGUGUUUAAUAUUGUAACCGAUAUAGCCAUCGUGUCCAUACCAGUCCCUCUACUAUGGACUGUAAAGCUCACCAUCAAGAGGAAACUAAUGAUUGGAGUUCUCCUUUGCUCUGGUGUUUUUAUCAUGGCCGCAACACUGUUGAGAUGUGUGUUCUCGCUACGGGAUAUCCAAGGCAUCAACACAUCGACAAUUUGGGCAAUUCGCGAAACCUUUAUCGCUAUCCUUGCAGUGAACGCUGCUGCUAUAAAGCCUUUGUUCUCAGCUUCUCGAUGGCUCGUGUCGAGCAAAGGAAGCAGUCGGGACAAGGGAACGAGCAGCUACAUCAACAAACACGGCCACCCACUCGGAACAAUCGGUGGAUCAGGUAUCUCUGGUGGUAUCUCUGCGAACCGACAUCAAAAAUACAUGACACAACUCGACGACAAUUCGAGCGAGGAACAUAUUGUUGGGAGGCCAGAGUUUGUGGGAUACAGCAAGCCCGAGGUCAGGGCUGGCAGCACAACAAGUGGACAGAGUGAUAACCAGGAUGGCAUUAUGGUUACCAGGACCUACGAAGUUACUCCUGGAAAGUCUACACUGGAUGUUUAG